AUGCCCUCAAGUCGGCCAAACGCUGCGCGGAGCUCGGCACGGCAGCCACUGUUUCUUCCCUCAGAGUCCUCGGAUAUCGGCGCACCCACUCCCACGCGUCGUCGUCGCGGAGACAUUCAUGGCUCCACGCCUUCUCAUCGCCGGUAUGCGGCCCGUCGUCGCGACCCUAUGGGCAUGACAGCCGAAGAGCUUGACGCUGCCGAUGACCCUUCCACUCCUCGAGCGCAGCGUACCGGAGAGCCAGCCUCAACCCGUACCUACUCUGGAGGGGCGAAUAGCCAGGGUAACGACGAGCCGUUCGAUGAAGAGUUCCAGAAGAUCAUCUGGGGUACAGAUGUCUCGAUUGCGUCGGUGAUGAACUCGUUCCGCGAGUUUCUAGAGGGUUUCAAGCCGAAGUACCGACGCGACUACAAUGAGCAGCUCGCCAAAGAGGUCCUCGAAGCUGGCGGCGUUGCUCCCCUUCCUACACCGCUGUACGACAACCUCACACCUUUGCAGGAGGACUCGCCGCUAUACAAGGGUUACUUGCAGCAGAUGUACGACACGGACCAAGAAUGCCUCAAUCUCGACCUGCUCAACGUCCUCUCAUGGCCACGCAGCAAGAAGCUCUACAAGACAUGCAUAAACUAUCCGCAGGAGACCAUUCCUGCACUCGAUCUUGUGCUUGCCGACAUCAUGCAGAACAUCGCUGAGGAGAAAGUGGCGGAGGUGGAGCGCAAGUACCGGCGCGGCGACGCCUCGAGGGAAGACUUGAAGCAGGUCCGCGACAUCUACGAGGAAUACCACCGCGAGGACAAGACCUUCCGCGUUCGUCCCUUUGGCGGCGAGAAGGCCAUCAACAUGCGCGACUUGAAUCCCGGCGACACCGACAAACUCAUUGUGGUCAAGGGCCUUGUCAUUCGGGCAACACCUGUCAUUCCCAACAUGUCGACCGCGUUCUUCCGCUGCUGCGUCUGCCAGCAUGUUGUCACAGUGGGCAUUGAUCGCGGCCGCAUUCGUGAGCCGCGUCGUUGCCCUCGCGAGGCUUGCAACUCAGAGGCGUCUAUGAUCCUCAUUCACAACCGCUGCGAGUUCAUGAACAAGCAGGUGAUCCGCCUCCAGGAAACGCCUGAUGCCGUGCCCGAUGGCCAGACUCCGCACACGGUGUCACUUUGCGUCUACGACGAGCUGGUCGACUUAGUCAAGCCCGGUGACCGCAUUGUCGUGUCUGGUAUCUUCCGCAGCAUCCCGGUACGCCUCAACCCGCGCCAGCGCUCCAUCAAGGCGCUAUUCAAGACGUAUGUCGACACCGUGCACAUCAAGCGCACCAACGUCGGCCGCAUGGGCUACGACGCCAGUACACGCGACGGCAAGGUCAAGCCAAGCGGUGUUGGCGUCGGUGGCGAAGACGACGACAUGGAGAUCCUUCAGGGCACCGUCGCCGAGGACCUCGACAACGAUGUGGACAUGAACUACUCCGCGGCCGAAAGGAUGGAACAGGAGCUCAUCGAGUUGUCCCACCAUCCGGACAUCUACGACAUGCUGGCGCGCUCCAUGGCGCCGAGUAUCUACGAAAUGGAAGACGUCAAGAAGGGUAUUUUGCUGCAGCUUUUCGGCGGCACAAACAAGAGCAUUGCCACGGGUGGCGGUGGCGGCGGGCCUCGGUAUCGUGGCGAUAUCAAUGUCCUCAUGGUCGGUGACCCGGGUACCUCCAAGUCGCAGAUUCUGCAGUACGUUCAUAAGAUUGCACCUCGCGGUGUAUACACCUCAGGCAAGGGCUCCUCAGCAGUCGGUCUGACGGCGUACGUCACUCGUGACCCCGACUCGAAGCAGCUCGUGCUCGAGUCUGGUGCGCUUGUCCUGUCUGAUGGUGGUGUAUGCUGCAUCGACGAGUUUGACAAGAUGUCGGACGCGACGCGCAGUGUCUUGCACGAAGUCAUGGAACAGCAGACUGUCUCGAUCGCCAAGGCUGGUAUCAUCACCACUCUCAACGCCCGGACAUCCAUUCUCGCUGCCGCCAAUCCUAUCGGGUCCAAGUACAACCCGAAGCUGCCGGUGCCAGCCAACAUCGACCUCCCACCCACGCUUAUCUCGCGUUUCGACUUGCUCUACCUCGUGCUCGACAAGGUGGAUGAGGUAAACGACCGGCGCCUUGCAGCUCAUCUUGUGGGACUGUAUCUUGAGGACCGGCCGGAGACACUAGGCGAAGAUAUCUUGUCUGUGGACAAGCUAACCGCGUAUAUCACGUACGCGCGGCAAAAGAUCCACCCUGUCCUCACGGAGGAUGCAUCCGACGCGCUCGUAGCGGCGUACGUCGAGAUGCGCAAGGCUGGCGAGGACUCACGAGGCCAGGAGCGCCGCAUCACGGCCACAACUCGCCAGCUUGAGUCUAUGAUUCGACUCUCAGAGGCACACGCGCGCAUGCGUUUCAGCGACACGGUCGAGCUCGAGGAUGUGCGCGAGGCGAACCGCCUCAUUCGCGCCGCCCUGCGCGAGUCCGCCACAGACCCUCUCACGGGUCAGAUUGAUCUGGACCUGAUCACGACGGGCGCAGGUGCCACGGCGCGCCGCCAACGCGCCGACCUGAAGCGUGAGGUCAUUAAGCUUGCCGACGACGCCGGGGGCCGCGGUAUUCGAUGGAGCGCUGCAAUCCGUGCGCUUGAAGGGCAAAGUAGCGUGCCAAUCGACCACUCAGAGUUUGCGGAGGCUGUCGCAGCGCUGCGCGACGAAGGUGUUGUGCAGGUUAUUGGCGAGCGCGAGCGCCGGACGAUCAAGCGUAUUGGUGCUGCGUAA